AUGGUCUGGGGUGGCUAUCUUUGCUAUUUGGCAAUGGAUAGCACGCAGUGUGCUGUUGAUGUUUUGAACUUCACACUGGUUUGCACAGGUCUUCUGGCAAUCAUCGAAUUCAUCGGCUUCAUUUCAGUUUAUUUUGUCUUCAUCCCCUCCUUCAUGAUACAACUUCGAGCUGCUGCCAAGUUUACCUAG